AUGUCUAAAUGGCUCUCAGGGCAAGAGAUGCGACUCCACGGGUUCCACGUCAAGGCUCUGGUACCAGACACCAACUACUACAUCACAUACGAGGGCUCCUUUACACAGCCUGGUUGCCAGGAGACGGUCACGUGGGUUAUUUUUAACAGGCCCAUAUUUAUUAAAGCAUCACAACUAGACACUCUAAGGCAGCUCCAGAAACGUCAGAGAGACACGCGAAUGACGCUGCUAGAGGGAAACAUCCGGCCCAUCAUGCCAGUCAACAACAGAGCUCUGAGGACUAACAUCAACUUCCACACCUCGGGAGGAUUGUGUGAUAUGAGGCGAACGGCGUUUUAUGAAAUCAAUGACGUGUUGAGGCACAGGUGAAUUGUUUUACAUCGCACUUCAUGCCCAGAUGAUGUUUCAACAUCACAAACCAUGCCCAGAUGAUGUUUCAACAUCACAAACCAUGCCCAGAUGAUGUUUCAACAUCACAAACCAUGCCCAGAUGUUUCAACAUC